AUGGUUACCAAAAUCAUAACCCAGCAUUUGCGACACCCAAAGAACACUCUAAUGGGCCGGGUGACACAGAGGCUAAUGGAACGGGAGAACCGGUUUCUGGAGCAGAACGCAGUGAAACUGUGUGAGAUACAAGCAGACAACACGGUUCUGGAGCACUGCCCCGUCCUGUUGAAGGUGGGCUUCGGGCCGGGGCUGGGUCUGCAGGAGGCGGUACAGUACCUGACCCAGCCCAGGGGGAAGCUGCUGGGUCUCGAUUACUCGGAGUACAUGCACAAAGUGGCCAGUGAGAGGCUGCGGGAUCACAUCGCCUCGGGGAAGGUGCGUCUCUUCCAGGGCAGGGUGGAGUCCAUCCCCCUGCCUGCCUGCUCCGUGGACAAGGUGUACCACUGCAACUGCCACCUGUACUGGCCUGACAUGAGAGUCGGGAGCGCAGAGCUGCUGCGAGUCAUGAGACCAGGUACACUGCUAAACCACCUGCCCGUACAACCCCGCAUUCUCAAAUAUUCUGCCCCGUGGAAUGGGGCACGAGCCCUGAUGGUGUCGACUCUAAACCUGGAUUACCUCCGAUGGAGUCUGUCUUUGGGGUUCCUGCAGGGGGCGAAUGUGGAGCCCGAGCCCUACCUGGAGGCUUUGCGGGCCGCGGGGUUCACCGAUGUCCGUCUGGAGGAGAAAUACCACGAGGGGAGGAAAUUCGAGGCCAUAUUCGCCACGGCUGAGAAACAGAGAGAGCAAUGUCUUGAAAUAAAGAGAUACGCUUAA